UAUGUUUGUUUUGUUUUUUUAGUGUGUGUUUUUAAGUGUUUUUUGUAUUAGAAAUGUAAAAAAGUGUAUUAGAAAUGUAGAGAGGUAUGUUGGGAUGUGACGGUUAUUAAUAUAUUAAUUUUAAAAACCAUCAAGAUCAUUAAUUCCACAAGAUUAAGAUUUCUUCCUUGGACCAGAAUUAAUACCACAAGAAUUGCCAAUAUAUGUUGCUGUAUUGAGAAGUAUUAGCGUACUGGUCCCCUGUAAUUCACAAAUUGUCACUAUCUUAUCAAUUGGAAUAUUCCAAAUCAUACAAUGUGAAAAGGCUAACCAAAAGGAACCCUUUUUUACAUAUACAUAUAUUGUAAUCACUUUCGGUUCGACCAAAUCCAACCCAAUGAAAAUCAAUCAUCGUCAUCUUAAGCCCCGUCAAAGUGGUGCACUGAAAUUUCUAUGAUAUCACCUUCCCAAAUAAUACUUUAGGAUCCCGCGUGGUGAAAAGUCCCUGUCCCAAAAGUUUCUCCUUCACCACACUAGUCAUUUCUUCCUCCUAGUCCUAUAGCUAGAGUCAUGGAGUAAGCGUUACGCUCCUGAGUCCUGACUUUAUUUGAACCGUAUCAACAUUUAUUCGAUUAUUUCGUUACAUAACUCAAUAGUCGUUAUUAACAAAUAAUGUCUUGAAUGAUUGGAAAUCGAUGAACUCACUUUUAAGAGGAAGAACUUACAAUGUAAUUUGUAUGAUUAGAAGUGUUCUGAGGAUAUGUAAAGUUACAUUAUUACCUAAGCAGGAAAGUUGCUAAGCUCAAGUCAACUAUAAUGGCUAAACUAGUUGUCUCUUGCUCUCCAAAACGCGCCUUGAAAAAUACAGUAUAAGACAAACCAACAGAAUUCUGUUUGCUAUUACUUGAAGACUUGGAGUCUUUGAAGUGAAAAUCUGUCUUUCUUCCUUCUAAGACUAAUUGUCAAAACAUCAAUCAUUAUUUUUUUGCAAACAAAAGCUUUAAGUUUCUUGCUUGAUUCACUAAACCACCACCGUUUUCAAUCUUGAUUCCGAUGUUUCCUUCCACAUUAGUAUCUUCUAUUCUUCCUGUGUCUUCCUUCUUUUGUGACCUUCCCUGUAUCAGAUAAUGGAUCAUAAAAUCUUCUUCACAAACGAGCAUCAUAUUGAAAUCUUUGUAGUUUUCUUCACUAUCUUGGUGGAUGGAGUUUUGUGUUUGAACUCAAACAUAAGCAACUGUGCAGCUCAAAGCUGUGGUAAUGGACCAAAGAUAGACUAUCCCUUUUGGAUUCAGGGUAGGCAAGAGUCAUAUUGUGGUUCAUCUGGAUUCGACGUCACUUGCAAGAACAAGAAUCCUGUUGUGAAGAUCUCCGGUGACGAUUAUAUCAUUGAGAAUAUAUUUUAUGAAAAUAGUUCCAUCUUGCUGUAUCAAGCUGAGUUGGAUGAUAGUGGUAAUAGAUGUCCUGCUCCUCAACAUAAUUUUAGCAUUGAUGGAACUCCAUUCAGCUAUGGUCCUGAGACUGUAGAUCUUUUCUUCUUCUACAAUUGCACCAAGCCUUAUGAUAAAAAGACUUUUGCUGUGGAUUGUGCGACUAAUUCAAGCCGUUAUGCUUUCGCCAUUUUCCAUCCUGAAAUCCUUGAUCACUGGAACUAUUCCAUUCAGUCAUGUCAGCCUCCGAUUAAUGCACCAGUAACAACUGAUUCCCUAGGAAGAUUGCUGAAUAUGAGUUAUUCAGAAGUUCUGAGGAGAGGAUUUGGUUUACAGUGGGAUGAGGAGGAUUGUAGGAACUGCAGGAGGAGUGGAGGGCGCUGUGGUUCUUCUUUCGACAAAUUUAUCUGCUCCUGCCAUGAUCACAUCUCUCCAAAAGCAUGUCGCGAAUCAAGAGUGCGAUGGAAGAUUGCUAUUGGUUUUGGUGCAGCUGCAGGAAGUGCCCUAGUUACAUGCUUUAUUUUCCUUUAUUGCAUGAGGAGGCAGAAACAAAAGAAGCGGGGCUCAACAUUGCUUUCUCGAGAAAUCUCUUCGGAUCCAUCUUCAGUAUAUGAUCCUGAAACGGCUAUUGGCAACACUGGAGUGCACAUCUUUGAUUACAAUGAGCUAGAACAAGCUACAAAUAACUUUGAUUCUGAGCAAGAGCUUGGAGAUGGUGGGUUUGGCACAGUAUAUAAAGGUAAACUUAAAGAUGGACGCGUUGUUGCUGUCAAAAGAUUGUACGAAAGCAAUUUCAAGAGAGUUGAGCAUUUUAUUAACGAAGUUGUCAUUCUCACACGCUUACGCCAUCAGAAUCUGGUGACCUUGUACGGAUGCACCUCUCGCCACAGCCGUGAACUUUUGCUUGUAUAUGAAUACGUUCCUAAUGGCACAGUUGCUGAUCAUCUUCAUGGUGCACUGGCAAUGCCUGGAUCACUUCCAUGGAGUACUAGAAUGAGGAUCGCUAUAGAAACUGCAAGUGCAUUGUCUUAUCUCCACGCUUCAGAUGUUAUCCAUCGAGAUGUUAAGACCAAUAAUAUCCUCCUGGAUGCUGAUUUCCAUGUCAAAGUAGCAGACUUUGGCCUGUCUCGACUAUUUCCAAUUAAUGCUACACAUAUUUCAACUGCUCCACAAGGCACUCCAGGAUAUGUGGACCCCGAGUAUCAUGAAUGCUACCAUCUGACUGAUAAAAGCGACGUCUUCAGUUUUGGCGUUGUAUUGAUUGAGCUCAUAUCAUCAUUGCCUGCUGUGGACAUUACCAGGCACCGGCAUGAUAUAAAUUUAUCAAACAUGGCAGUCAACAAGAUUCAGGGCAACUUAUUGCACGAGCUUGUGGAUCCAAAUAUUGGAUACGAAUCAGAUUACAAUGUGAGGAUGAUGAUCACAGAUGUGGCAGAGUUGGCAUUUCAAUCUUUGCAAUAUGGGAGGGAUAUGAGACCAUCUAUGCAAGAGGUCCUAGAGACUCUAAUGCUAAUCCAGGACAAGGAUUACAGUUCGGGUAACACAAAUGGGAAUGAAAAUCAAGCAGAUGAUGUUGCAUUGUUAAAAGCCCGUCAGCUCAUUAGCUCACCAAAUUCUGUGAUUGAAGGAAUAGUUAGUAAUACAACCACACCCAAUACCAGUAGUUGAGCAGUAUUUUGGCAUCUCCAUUGUUAUUGGUUUUUUAGGUGGGUAGGGCUUUUCUUUGAUUUGUAACCAGCAAUAACUCUAUAAGCCUUCUGUGAUAUCUAAAGCUUUUGCUUGCUACCAUAUAUACACAGAUUUUGUAUGCAGAUGUAAAUAUAACAAUGUAGCUAUCUUGGUUCCACUGACAUCAUUCUUUUAUCUCAUAUCGUUAUGAAAAAU